GCCAGCAGAACUUGAACUUGUUCGACAGCCUGCCGUAGCAGAAGCGUUGGUCGACGCCGGUGCCAGGCUUCGUUCUUUACCUCGUUCUCCUACUCCUGAAACCAAAGACGUUCGAGUUCGGAGAUUCGUCGACUCGGCAUUGGCGCGGGAUUCUGCAGCAGCAAGAUCGAGGUCAGAGAAUUGAGGGGAUUGGGAAGUGCUCGCACCAUCGCGGACGAGGGACGGAGCCCGGACUUGAUUGAUUGGCGCGGGGCCGGGCUCGCUAUGGAGUUCGCGCGCGGUGGGGCUGGGACUGUCUGACUGAUUGAUUAUUAGAUCGGUUCGCGACGAUUCUCCCCGUACACCUGCGGCAGCUAUGGUGGGCACGAGCUAGCGACAUACGGUUUGGCGGACGAGGAGUCGUCGAAUUUAGGGAAGAACGAGGGAGCGAGUAUCGAGGACUCUGCGAGCAGAGCAGAGCAGAGCAGCAGGGUCUGGAUCUGUCGCUCGGUGCUGGAUUCGAGGAUUCGGUGGGGCGUCGAGGCAGGGUAGAUGAAUAGGUGGAGAAAGGAGAAGGUCAAGUAUGUCAAGGACGUGUACGUGGCCAAAGAUCGGGCUGCAUCGGAAGAUCACAGUGAUGCCGAGGCCGUGGGAUCGCCGGGCGACCGGGAGUUGGAGGCAGCGGCACGAGCUAACUUUGGCGAAUUCGUAUCGGGAGGAAAUAGCGCUGAGACUAGGAAGAGCGCUAGGCAGAGGAGGAAGCACGCUGCUUCCAAGUGCAACGUUGUCCCGGGCAGUCCCCGAGAUAGGCAGGUGCUGAGUGCCGUAGACCGGCACGUCAAGGACGAUGUUGGAGCGUCCGACAGUCACUGCCAUUCCGAUACUUGUGAUCCCCCUAGCGAUCUGACGCCAAGUGCCUCAGAUUCUCAGGCAGUCGCUUGUAAUGGCGAGAAUAAAUUGGAGAAUGGUGAGGGGAAUAGCGUCGAAGGUCAAUACAGGGAGGCAGCGGUUCCCGGACGUACACAUGGCGGUGAAUCCGUACCGCAGAGGCUCGAAAGGUUCAUGAAGGCUUGUGUGAUACCCUCUUUGAGUCCAGAACAGUUCGAAUCAAAUGUUCAAGAGCAGGAGGAUGAGAUUAUGGCCUUGGAAGCAAUCUAUGGAGAAGAUUUCAAGCGCUUCAACAAUGAAAAUAUCAAGACUCCAUCUUUUGCUAUCUCUGUCAACGUUGAUAUAUCUGAAAACAUAAUUUUAUGGGCAGAGCACCCAUCAACGGCUGACUCUAGCAGUAGUGUUGGGAGCGAACCUUCAAGUACCAUUGAUGGGAGUUCUGUGGCUUCUACGAGCGGGGCUUCAGAAAAGGAUUCCAUGCAUAGUUUUACCGUUCAAUCUCUACCUCCAUUUAGGCUAGUGUACACAUUACCCGUUUCCUACCCUUCACAUUCUCCACCCUUGUUCACCUUGUCGUCCAUGUGGUUGAACUCAGCGAAGCUCUCGAGAUUAUGUUCUGCUCUGGAUAAAAUUUGGGCUGAGCAAAAGGGUCAGGUUGUUCUGUACUCGUGGAUUGAGUGGCUACAAACGCAGAGCCUCACAUUCCUCGGAAUGUUUGAAAAGCUCGAAUUAGGACCAUACACCGUUGAUGGAGAAAUAUGUAGACAGGAUUCAGAUGAGAGGGCUUCGUCCGGUUGUAUCUCGUUCGAGUCAGACAUAGCUCGUCUUCUUCGACAUAAUGAGGAAAGGAGAAACGAAGAAUUUUGCAAAGCUAUCCACACGUGCUACAUCUGCUUCUCGGAGCAUCUAGGGAAAGAUUUUGCCAGAUUGCCCUGUCAGCAUAUAUUUUGCAUGGACUGCAUGCAAACUCUUGCGACUGUGCAUGUGAAGGAGGGUUCAGUCAAUAAGCUCAAUUGUCCUGAUACUUCCUGCCGGGGAUCUAUUCCACCUUACUUACUGAAAGAACUUCUUGAAGAAGAAGUAUUUCAAAGGUGGGAAGAUUUGGUGCUACAAAGAUCGCUUGAUGCGAUGAUGGACAUUGUUUACUGUCCACGCUGUAAGACAGUAUGCAUAGAGGAGGAGGACAAUUUCGUGCAGUGCACUAAGUGUUUCUACAGUUUCUGUAGUCUGUGUCGGCAGUCGUGGCAUGUGGGGCAGGAAUGCAUGUCUGCCGAAGCUCGUUUGAAAAUUCUCCAGGGGCGCCGAAAUAUGGGUCAAUCUGAUGAGGACCAGAGGAGGAAGGAGGAGGAGCUAAGAAAUGAGAUGAUGAAUAUGAACUACGUUCGGCGAGAAGCAAAGCAGUGCCCUAAGUGUAAGAUGGCAAUCUCGAAGAGUGAGGGAUGUAACAAAAUGGUGUGCUCGAAUUGUGAUCAGUUCUUCUGCUUCAAAUGCGGCGAGGCAAUUAAGGGUUACGAUCACUUUGCGGAUGGACAAUGUGAGCUCUUUGUUGAGGUUCAAGAGAUAGCGCGUUGGCAGCCUGAAGCUUUGUUGCUGCAACAGCAAGCACAAGCUGAGCUGGAGCUUUGGCCAGAGCGUGGUCGGCAAUGCCCUAAUUGUCGACAACUCAAUGUGAAGACUCGCAACAACAAUCACAUAUAUUGCUGGGCUUGUAGAAGUUCCUAUUGUUGUCUUUGUUACAAAGUUGUACGAAGGACGUCCGAGCACUAUGGUUCUGGCCCCUCUAAAUGUCGCCAACACACGGCCGAUUGAGUUUCUUAGCCAAAAUUCUCCCAUCUCUGCACGGAGCAAGCUUCUCAAAUAUUGUCAAAGUUGAAGGUUUUUAAAGGUGGUGACCAGGUCCUUGACUUAUCGGCACGUGUGAAACUUGCUUCAUCAAAUUCUUCUGACAGGGUGCGAUUUUGUGGUCUCAAUGGAGAUUGAUCUUUGGGACUGCCAUCUUGAGAUUGUGUACAGUGGAGGCAUGGACGUGGGAAAGCCCAAACGAUUAUCAGUCCUAAUCUGACAUCAGUCUUAAUGAUGUCAGAUUCAUAAGAAGGGGUAUAUAUUUUUGGCACUUAUAGGAAGAGUAUGUGGUUGCUUGUGACUGAGGAGUGCACGACUUUUUUUCAGUCGCAGUGCAAGUUGUAGUCCCGAAUGAGCUUGCAUUGCCAAUGGAGAAGGAGAGGUUUAACUUUGACAGUUUCAACUUACGAGGACAUUGUGAGAUCGAAGAUUGGGUGUCAAAGAUGUCGUCCACAUUGCUUGGUUUUCGAUUAUUCUUUUCACUGGAAAUUUGAACUAGUUGUUAUUUGCUUUUCGAAUAUAGAGUCUUAAACUGCGAGCAAGUCGGAAAAUUUAAACUUGAGACCCGUCUCAAUUGCACCCAAUUCUUCUAUACCGAAGGCAUGCACUCAUCCGAUUUGUAGAUAUGAUGUACGGCACAAUGCAGCAAACAUCCAUCAACUUCUGUUGUCGGGCUCAAUCUUUCCAACGUUUGCAAUGAGAUGCAUUAUGGAAUAAAGGAAAUGUU